AGACGCGGAAACAAGAAGCAAAAACAAACCACAGGAAAACAAAAACAGGGUCGCAGCUAGCUAGCGCAAGUUUUAGGGAACCCAGGCAGAGAUUGUGGAGAAGAGAACGUGGGACACUGAUCAACUUCUACCGAUUAUACACGAUGACAUGUCAAACACCAAAGUGAGACAAGUGGAAAAAGCUUAAAUCACAUUCUCCACGGCGCCGACAUUAGCAGGAUAAUAAGCGCAAGGAUGGUGCAACUGAAUGUCGCCGUACUGGUUUUCUGCAGCGUCCUGGUGCCGUCACCCGCACGUGCCUACAUUUAUGCACAUUAUAGCAAUAUGACCUCCAUGUUGUUUGAGGACCUUCCUGCCUUGUUUGGAUCUCCACUUCCUAAGGAUGGGUUAAUGGGAAUUAUGGUGGUGUCCCAUCCACUCAAUGGCUGCACGGCAAUAGACCCUCCACCUCCAUUGCCACCAUCAUUUGAUGCCAAUACCACCAAAACCAUUGUUCUCAUCAGACGCUAUGAUUGCAACUUUGACAUAAAGGUCUUGCACGCACAGCAAGCUGGAUACAAUGCUGCAGUCAUUCACAACAUGUAUUCUGACACUCUGCUCAAUAUGAACUACAGCAAUGAAACUAUUGCAGAGGAGAUUGAGAUCCCAUCAGUCUUCACCAGCUACUAUGCUUCCCAAAUUCUCAGAAAUUUUAUAAUUCCAGAACAAGGGGCCUAUGUGAUCCUCAAACCAGAGUUUUCUUUUCCAUUGUCGUAUUACCUUAUUCCCUUCACUGGAGUAGUUGGCAUGAUCAUUCUUGUGAUGUGUGUUGUCUUAAUUGUACGAUGUGUGCGCUACAGAAAAAGACUAAGGAAGAACCGUUUGUCCAAGGAACAGCUGAGGCGGAUUCCAACCCACAGGUUCAGGAAGGGGGAUGACUAUGAUCUUUGUGCAAUAUGUUUGGAUGAGUAUGAAGAAGGAGACAAGCUGCGAGUUUUACCAUGUUCCCAUGCCUAUCACUGCCAGUGUGUCGACCCGUGGCUCACACAGUCCAAGAAGACGUGUCCCGUGUGCAAACAGCGCGUCACUCGAAACAACACAGAGCACUCAGAGUCUGAGUCUGAGGAGGACAUGGGCGGACGUGGGGUGGAGGAAGGGACAGAGGGUGAAGCAGACUCGGAGCGUACUCCUCUGCUCCGGCCCUCCAACCCGUGUUCCCCCUCUGGGAGCCCUGGAGCCUAUUCAGCCACCACCACCACUACCACGGCCCAGUGCCUCGCCUCCCCUGCUCUCUGCGACUCUCCCAUCCUGGGUUAUGAAGGGUACCGCUCCCCUGACGAGGACACAGACUCAGAAAGUGAUGACGCAGGAGAGGACAGGCAUCACACUGAUGAUGACACUGCUCAGCUCAUUGGUAGAGAUACAGUGGAGGUCUGAUGGCUGGAACUUAGCUGCAAUGAGAUUACUUAGUUUGACCUAAAAAGGGUUUCUGUCAUCAAACGUGGUUUUAUCACUGUGUAAUUCAAAAUAGCUUGCGUAUUUGUGGUUGGCAAAUUAAACAUUCAUAACAGGAACAUUCACUCAUUAACGACAGGAGGUCUGUUUGUUAGAGUCAAAGUACAUGCAGCAGCUGAAUUGAUCAGAACAGCUCACUUCUCUACACACUUUCCCUCUGGCACUUCCAUAUUAGCUAGCAGACCUCCCUUUUUUUACUGCAUGCUGUAAUUCAUAACUUGACCACAGCAGAUGACCUAACCAUUAGUGUUGCACAAAAUUAACAGGCCACUUUCAGUCAAACGUCCACUCCAGUAAAGACUCAUGUAGAUGAAGCCUUUGUAACCAAACAGAAGGAAUUCUGUGCUCACACUUUAUGUGGAUCUUCUAGGUUCUCUGUGUAAGUUAUGUCAUUUUAAAGACUAUUUUCUGAAUGGUAACCUUUUUAUAUAUAUAUAUUGACAGUCUUUAUACACUUUAGGACGUGAAAGUGGAGAAGGAAAUGUUUUUCUUUAUUUUAUCUUUUAAUCGCUUUUAGCUUUGUUUCAUGUCUUGACGCUAUAUUUCAAUUUUUUUGAAAUAUCAGAUUUUUGUCAAAUUCCCCAUGCAAUUACGCCAGAAUAGAUAAUUGCACAGAUGUUAUACAUUUCUGCUGCUUUUUACGUUAUUAUCAAUACUAUGGCGUAGUCUGUUAAAAAAUAAUCUAUUUUAGCUUUAUACAGUUUGUCAAGUUGAAUAAACUCAGGUUUAUAGCAACAGACAAAAGUUCAGUGGGUGUUGUAAAUAUAUAACAUAGUGAGAAUUAAUGGGUUUUAAGAUUUUAUGGUAAAAUACAGAUUCAUGAAUAUUGAAUGAAAAUGAUUCCGUUUUUAUAUGCAAUAGAAUGAUAACAUGUUAAUAACGGUGGGAUCCUGAAAAAAAGAGCAUUGCCUUACAUUGGCCUUGAUGUACAUGUGUGUAAGUAAAUGUUUGGAAAUUGAAGGGACAGGAUUCACACUCCUUUGCUUUCCUCGUGUGUAGCUGUGUUUAAUAAUGCUGUUUUGCAAGCUUUGCCCUGUUCACUGGUCGGAAUACGUCCUAUUUGUAUGAUGCCAAAGAAGAGAGAGAAAACCUGUGUUUCCACAUGUUUAGUGCGAGUAAUGACAUCGAUAAGCAGCAUCAACUUGCACCUGAAAGCUCCACGGCUUUCUCUCUUCUUUAUUAAGGACCUGGUUUGUGUCGAUGCUGUUGAUUCAUUUAAAGACCAGAACAAAUGGUUGACUUGCAAAGUGAAUUCAGCCAAACUCUGUCACUUCUCCAAGUAAAUGUAUAACUGCAUCUUGCAUCUGCAAUUAUUAUUUUGAACCUGAGACUAUAAAGCUCUUCCUUAUUGCUGAGAUCAUUUGAGCAGUGUUUCCUCUGUAUUCAGUUAAUGUUGCACCAAGAGUCAGAGAGAAAAAUCAGAGUCGGAAGUCUAAUUUUAUGUCACUCCGAUCAAUAACUGAGUGCUCCAAGUUUUUUAAGAAUGCUAUUAUCGAUUGGAAGAACUUGCCAUACUGUAUCACCUCAAAUUGAACUUGGACUUAUUCCAGGAAAGAAAAAAAAACAUUGUACGGGUCAUAUGAUGAUAAAUCUUUACUAAGUUGAAUUUCUAUGUGUGAGAGCUAGAGCAGAGAAUAAGUAGGACUGUAAAAUGUCCGUCAUGUAUUUCACUGCUGAUUGAUUAAAAGACUCCACGCUAUCAUGGAUUUGUUUUGAUUUGUUAGCAAUAGUCUGUAUUGUUAAGUAGAACUGCCGUUCCCCUAUAUUUGUAGUCUGCUUACACUCAUUCAUACUGUACAUUUCUUUGCUUUCUCAACUUUGGGGACUGUUAACUGAAGCAAAUGGAAAAAUGUAAUAACUAAAUCCUUCUUUUAGAAUGUGCCUAGUUUAUCAAACUUCAACAAUAAAUGUUCGGUGUCACAAUGUGGAA